AUGAACUUGGUAGAUUUGGAUAAUCCAGCCGAUGGAUUAUCUGAGCAGCCGAGAGAGAGGACUGAAAGUGUGAUCUCGACGAAAUCGCGAGUUUCAGUGACUGAUCUGAUCAAUCCAACUAAGAGUUCAGAGCUUCCUGCACUGAAAUCAAGGAAUAGCGUUCUUGAUCUCUGCAACCCAAAAGACGUGGACAUAAGCAGUAGCUCCACUCCAGAUUUAUCUAGAAGAGUUUCUGAAACGUCAAACGGAGAGAUCACAGUAGCAAAACCCAAAGUAACGGAAGCAAUCCAGAAUGCCAACUCCGAUACUUCGAACUACACAAAAAAAUCGAAACCAAGAAGAUAUAAAGUCAAACCGGUCUGGGCCAGAGACUUUGUCCCCAAAGUCAAUUUAAAAGUUCAAAACGAAAGGCGGACUCAAGAUAACCAUUCCAAGGCUUUCUCCAAUUUGGUUAAUAAUGGUCCUACCACCUCAAGUUCCCGGUUUUCAACUUUCACUGGUGUGAUACCUUAUGACGAUUUAACGAGAUCAGUAACUACCUGGUUAUAUGCUAAUUUGAAUAGUCUUUCUGAAAAGCAUCCCAAUCUUGAGGAUAUCUUGGAGUUGGAAAUCAAGGUGGGAGAGGUUGUCAGCAAGGCAACAGAUAAAAGAAUACAAUUACCAGUAAUCACAGAGACAACAUUGAACAAUAAUUUUUUCUUGCAAGAGUGCUACUUUAAUAUUAAUUUGGAACCAGUUGAUCAUCAAAGUGUGGAGGACUUUUUCAAACAACUCCUCAAGGAGAGCAAAGUAACAGCCUUACGAACCGAUACUAUUGAUCGGUUCUUUUCGCAUACAGGAGCUAGAGGCAAAAAGACUCGUUUAAGAGUAACACAGGACACAACGACAAAACGCGGUGAUAUCGUUAUUGAAAAGGACAAGAAAUCAAGCUUAGUGAUACAUCUUCCGAAAUGCAGAUACGAUCUGAAACUGACCAUCGCACUGGAACUGCCACAGAAUAUACCGAAAGACGAGUUGAUACCUGAAGGAUCAUUUUCUAGGAGGAAACACAGGACCAGCUAUAUUCAUAAACCCUCCGCAACUCAAGUUGAUUUGACCAAAGUCUAUGAGGGAACCUCGAAACAAGAGAAUUUUGAAAUGGAGCUUGAAAUUGAUUCUAAACAAUUAUUAGACGCUUUUAAAGGUAUUGGAGGAAAUAAUGAUUAUGAAUCAUUAAUAGGAACAUUUCUUGAUAAUGCGAAGAUUUUGAUGAGAGAGUUGUCCAAAAAGUAA